AUGAAUGUUGAGACUCAACUGGUUCCAAAUGAUCUAGUAUUUUUCUUUGGGUGUUUGAUUUACCCAAAGGAGAUGUAUAAAUCCCUUGCCACUGAUUCAAAUUAAAUUAAUGAUGAUAUUCAAAAAUAGCAAGGAAUAGAUUGCAGAGUUAAAAUGAGUAUGAUUUAUGACACUAAGAUGAAAAUAGUUCCUCAAGACCUCAUAAAAAAUUUCAGAUAAUAAUUUAGAUGA